GAAGCUCCGCGUGUUUUCGCCUCUGAUUUGGUCUUAUUUUGGUGCUGUCACCAGGUUUAUCUGAGGUCACUCUGAACCCGUUGACUCCUGAGAGCGCGCGCGUGUGUGCACGUGUGUCUGUGGAUCCCGCUUGCGCGCGCUAACAACAGUUGCAUCCCUGCAAUGCAUCGCUGCAUCAGAAAGUUUGCAGAUGUUAGAGUGAUGGAGUCCAGCUGGUUGUUGUGAUGCUGCUGCUGGUUUCGCUGGUUUCUUUUGUCUGAGACUUCAGUCACAUCUGCUGGUCGACCACGUGAACGAACCACCGGCGGCCAUGGAGCAGAAGUCGUGCAUCGAGUACCACGACCUGGAGGCCGCCGAGGCACUCGUCAGCAUGAGUUUCUGGUGUCAAAGGCAACACAAGCCACGCCCACUGACCCCCACCUCUGACUCCUGUGACUCCAUCCAGCUCCACCCAGAGGGAGGCGAUGCUCCCAAAGACCUGAUCGCCCUGUCGUCGCUGUGUAUGACUCCACCUCACAGUCCCAGCUUCACAGAGGCCUCCACCACAGCGGUCCUCACUACAACCUCUGCCCCGAGCCCCGCCCCCAGACAGGUCUUACUCCGCCCCAGUCUUACCACCUGCCCUGCCAUCCUCAGCGACUUCCAUACUUGCCUCCCACAGCCUUCCUCUGCCCCUUCCUCCUCUUCCGUCACCACAGAGACCUCAGCACUUCCACCUCACUCCAAGUCGUCAUGUUUGGCUCCACCCAGCAAAGCGAUGGCCACUAGUGUCAUCCGCCACACUGCCGACAGCCUCAGCCCCCCUGCACCUCCAAUCUCCACUCAGCUGACAGAAACCUCCUCCUCGAUCCAAAUGGAAACCACAGCCACAGACACUCCUCCUGAGGAGAAUCAUGCACCUCCUCUGACCCCCGACAGCAUGUCUCCUUCUCCCUCCUCAGUCUCUCCACCUCACACCACUGCGCUGUCUUCCUCUGCGGUCCCCUCCUCUCCGGUCCUCUGCCAGGUUUUCCCAGUGAGCAGUCGGACUGGGAUGAUCUCAGCCUUUGUCCAGGCUCCAGUUCAGGUGCAGACCCAGGGGGGUCCCAAGCCCAUCUUGCCCCAGUCUCCUGCUUCAGGCUUCACUCAGCCUCUACUGGUGGGCUCUGCUGUACCGCAGGGAACUGUCAUGUUUGUGGUGCCUCAGGCACCCGUCUCCCAGCCACCACAGGGCCCACAGACUGUAAUGACCCUGGGCAACACUAAGCUCCUCCCCCUGGCCCCGGCACCUGUUUACAUGCCGUCAGGAGUAAACGGCGGCGCCACGCAGGCAGACUUCUCCCGCAGAAGAAACUACGUGUGCAACUUUCCCGGCUGUAAGAAGACCUACUUCAAGAGUUCCCACCUGAAGGCUCACCUGCGCACUCAUACAGGUGAAAAACCAUUCAGCUGUCACUGGGAGGGCUGUGACAAAAAAUUUGCUCGCUCCGAUGAGCUAUCUCGCCAUCGUCGAACGCACACAGGUGAGAAGAAGUUUGUCUGCACUGUGUGUGAUCGCCGUUUCAUGCGCAGCGACCAUUUGACCAAACACGCCCGACGGCACAUGACCACCAAGAGGGCGUCCUCAUGGCCUGCUGAAACCCGGGAUCCUGGCAAAGAAGCCUUGCCCAAGGGCCAAAACAGAAGUCCUACACUUCCUGUUGGCAUGCUGGUUCCCACCCCCAACUGACUGACUCAUGGAGCCUACAAGGCCCACUCAGGACUCCAGUAAUGGGGGUGCGGGCCAUAGAUCAGAUUCAUAAUUGUGACCGGGUGUUUCAAUCAGCCCCACCUUCCGUAUAAAGAGGAAGUUUUUUGUUCUCUCUGUGGGCCCCGACUACGUUUACAAGACCUCUGAACAGGGUCAGAAAAACCUGGUGGACUCAAAUGAUUAACUUUUUUGUUAAGAUGGCCGUCCUAGGAGUGAUGGAAGAAGUGCUCAGAUCAUUUAAUCAAGUAAAAGUAGGCAACUACUUUGUAUACAUGCCACAGUAAUUCAAGUUAUCUGUAAGAUCCGAGUGCUGCCGUAAUCCGGACUCAUAGCUGGGAAUACCAGCAAAGGGCGGCAAGCUCUCCGCCCUGCUCAGGACAUUUUAAUUCCACAACCACACCCUCACCGCAAGAGGAGGAUAUGGAGGCGACAGGCUGCUAUUUAACCACGGACAAAAACCAACAAAACCUGACAUUGCACUGGAUUUUUAAAAAAUCUUCCUUGUUUUUAUACUCUCCAUGUAUAAUCAUGUUUACUUUGUGUACAUGUUACAUUUAGGAAAAUGUACACACUCUUGUUUAUUGUUUGCCAAAGCUUCUGUAUUGUGCUUUUUUUUCUAGCUGACAUACGUUUAUUUGUUUGACUGUAAAUAUUGUAAAUAUAUUGAUAUCUAUAUGAAUGUUAUGUGUAUUCCAGUCUCCAUUUAUUGACAGUACGAGUUAUUCAUAUUUUUAAAAUGUCAGUGGACAGUAUUCAUCACUGUGAUACUACCUGCUAUCUUUGCUUUACACAUCUUUAUUAUUAUUAUUAUUAUUUAAUAAACCUUUGUUGAGGAAAAGUGCUGUUUUUAAUAGCUUGAUUUGGCCCAUAGUGUAGCCAGUAAAAAAAUACCUCAUGUUAUUAAAUGUUAUCCCUAAUAAUAACAGCUUAUAUUAGAAUAUUCCCAUUUCUAAACAUUUGCUUGUGGGCAACAAUGAACAAUAUGGCUUUUAUAAUAAAACUUUAC